CAACUGCUGCUCCAAAAACAACAAAUGUUGCUCUGACAACAACAACUGCUGCCCCGACAACAACAACAAUGGCAGCAACUACAACAACUACGGCAGCAACUACAACUACAGCAGCCACUACAACAACGAAUGCCCCGACAACAGCAACUGCUGCCGCUACAACAACAACCAUGGCAGCGACUACAACAAGUUCUGCUCCAACAACAACAAUAACUGUUGCUCCGACAUCAACAACUGCUGCCCCGACAACAACGACAACUGCUGCUCCAACAACAACUAAUGGACCGACAACAACAACUGCUGCCCCGACAACAACUACGGCAGUAACUACAACAACUGCUGCUCCAACAACAACAACUGUUGCUCCGACAACAACAACUGCUGCCCCGACAACAACAACAAUGGCAGCAACUACAACAACUAUGGCAGCAACUACAACUACAGCAGCCACUACAACAACUAAUGCCCAAACAACAACAACUGCUGCCCCUACAACAACAACCAUGGCAGCGACUACAAAAACUGCUGCUCCAACAACAACAACUGUUGCUCCGACAUCAACAACUGCUGCCCCGACAACAACGAUAACUGCUGCUCCAACAACAACUACGGCAGCAACUACAACAACUGCUGCUCCCACAACAACUACAUCAGCCGCUACAACAACUAAUGCCCCGACAACAACAACUGCUGCCCCUACAACAACAACAACUACUGCCCCAACAACAACCACGGCAGCGACUACAACAACUGCUGCUCCAACAACAACAACUGCUGCCCCAACAACAACAAUAACUGCUGCUCCA